UGAAAACCACGCAGUUUGUAGACAGGAGCAGUCCAUUAUACAUCGCCCUUUGACCCAAAGACGCAAUCACAGCAACAUGGCCCUAAAGACCCAAACAGCAGUUGUUAUUCAGGGGAGCAGCAACAAGGGCGAGCUCCCCUUAACCGUAUCCCACUCGGUCCCGGUGCCGGGCUUGGUCUCGCCCUACCAUGUGCUGGUCCGUGUUCUGGCCGUGGCUCUGAACCCCAACGACCACAAGAUGAUGAUGCACUUCCCCAUAGAUGGCACCACGGCUGGAUGCGACUUUUGCGGCAUUAUCGACACGGUUGGCGACCCCGCUGAGCACCCUGUUGGGACUCGCGUUUGCGGUGCUGCAUUCCCCUACAAGCUUGGCGACACGGGUGGCUCUUUCGCCCACUAUCUGGCUGUCGACUCGAGGUUGUUGGUCUGCGUACCCCCCACCUGGACCGAUCUGCAGGGAGCUGCAUUGGGUGGUGUUGGCUGGUCGACCUUGAGUAUGGCCUUCUCUGACUCGAACGCACUCGCAUUAUCAGGAUUGCCUAGCAAGCCAACGGAAAAGCGACAACCAGUGCUCGCGUACGGAGGAGCCACAGCCACUGGUACCUUAGCAUGUAAGUGGGGGGUCCACUGUCACUAGCCCAUAUUGGACUCAUCCUUCAAUUCUUUAGUUUUUCACGACC